AGUUACUUGAUCUCCUACCCUCAUCCCCUCGAGGUAGUCGACUGCUAGUCCUACCACAAGUCCCUCAAAUCUCCAACUGCAACACUCAGAAUGGCCCCCGAAGUCUACAACAUCGCGCAGACGCCUAUCACGGCGCACGCGUUCAAUGCGGACCGUUCUCAGGUCGCCGUAUCCCUAAACUCUAACAGCGCGCAGAUCCUUCAGCGCGGGGGGCCUGAUGGCUGGACGCCCAUUGAGCAGCUGUCCGAGCACGACAAGCUGAUCACCUCAAUCGACUGGGCGCCCAACUCGAACCGCAUCGUCACCGCGUCCCAGGACCGCAACGCCUACGUCUGGCAGGAGACCCCCGACCCCGAAACAGGCCGCCUCGUCUGGAAGCCGACGCUCGUGCUCCUGCGCAUCAAUCGCGCGGCGACGGUCGUGCGCUGGAGCCCCAAGGAGGACAAGUUCGCGGUCGGCAGCGGCGCGCGCGCGAUCGCGAUCUGCUCCUUCGACCCCGAGAACAACUGGUGGGUGUCGAAGCUGCUCAAGAAGCCGAUCCGCUCGACCGUGCUUUCCGUCGACUGGCACCCGAACAAUGUGCUGCUCGCGGCGGGCAGCGCGGACAUGAAGGCGCGCGUCUUCUCUGCGUACAUCAAGGAGGUCGACGAGAAGCCGGCGCCGACGGUGUGGGGGAGCAAGCUACCAUUCAACACCGUGUGCGGCGAGUACGCGUCACCCGCGGGCGGAUGGGUGCACGGUGUGUCGUUCUCGCCUUCCGGCGAUGUCCUGGCAUUCGUCUCGCACGAUUCGUCCGUGUCGGUCGUCUACCCGGCGACGAACGCGAUCUUCAACGUGCGCAUCUCGUCGCUACCGUUCGUCACGCUCGCCUGGACGUCGGAGAACAGCGUCGUCGCGGCGGGGCAUGACUGCCACCCCGUUGUCUUCCAGGGUGACGAGUCGCAGGGCUGGGCGGGCGCCGGCACGCUCGACGAUAUGAAGAGCGUCGGGGCGGCGAAGGCUCAGACCGUCGGUCGUCUCAACUCGGGCGCCUUCAACGUGUUCAAGAGCGCGGACUCGCGUGGCCAGGCCGCCGCUGCGGGCUCGCAGGGCCUCACGAAGCUGCCCACCGUGCACCAGAACACGAUCACGAGUGUGCGCCUGUACGACUACAACGGGACGCAGGUCAGCACGACGGGCGUCGAUGGCAACCUCGUUAUCUGGGACGCGACGAAUGUGACGGUGCUGGAGAAGCAGAUGGCGGGGAUGCAUGUAUAGAAGAAGGGUAUAAUGUACUAUCGAUACAAGACGAAGACGAGCACGAUGAUGAUACAAUUCCUCAAGGGCCUCCAGCUGCUGCCCUCUCGUUGAUGACGCCCCAAGCGGAUGCACGGAACAGUGUCAUGACGAACCCCAUCUUCUUCUCUAGUACGCGCAAUUGCCCGAUGAGUGCCGCCUGGUCUUGCUCAUGGGUGAGAUCCUUCAUGAUUUCUGUGAUCUCUUUCAUUCUCCGCGCGAGCUUUGCAUACUCCCACAGCACUUCUGAUUCGGUGGGCGUCAAGCUCGGGUGGUUCGCAUAUGGAUUUGUGGUAUACACAUCCCGCGACUCUUCCUCCGAGGACGAG